GACAGCGAGCUGCUGUUGUGAGUUGUGUUGUAUAGAAAGCGAGGCUGAUGGUCGGUAUGCUGUGAGUGGCCGCACAUCCGCUCCAUGAUCAGCGAUUGAGGGUGUCCCAGCAUGCCGUGCACCUGCGGGAACUGGAGGAAGUGGAUCAGACCUCUGGUGGUCUUACUCUAUAUUUUGGGGCUGAUUGUAGGUGUCCCAAUAUGCAUCUGGAAGCUACAGAAGAUGGAGGUUGGUGUGCACACCAAGGCGUGGUUUAUUGCUGGGAUAUUUGUUCUUAUGACCAUACCAAUAUCUCUGUGGGGUAUCUUGCAGCAUUUGGUUCAUUAUACACAGCCAGAGUUGCAGAAGCCCAUAAUCAGGAUACUGUGGAUGGUGCCAAUUUACAGUGUAGACAGUUGGAUCGCUCUGAAAUAUCCUGACAUUGCUAUUUAUGUUGACACCUGCCGAGAAUGCUAUGAGGCUUAUGUCAUCUACAACUUCAUGAUUUUCCUUUUGAACUAUCUAACAAAUCGUUGCCCAAAUCUGGCAUUAGUUCUUGAAGCCAAAGACCAACAAAGACAUCUUCCGCCUCUAUGCUGCUGUCCACCAUGGGCAAUGGGAGAUGUGCUAUUGUUCAGAUGCAAGCUGGGCGUGCUUCAAUAUACUGUGGUUCGGCCUGUCACAACUGUAAUUGCCUUGAUUUGUCAGCUGACUGGAGUAUACGGAGAAGGUGACUUCAGUGUAAAAAAUGCCUGGACUUACUUGGUUAUAAUAAACAACGUAUCGCAAGUGUUUGCUAUGUAUUGCCUUGUUCUGUUUUAUAAAGUACUCAAAGAAGAGCUGAACCCCAUUCAGCCAGUUGGCAAGUUCCUGUGCGUCAAGAUGGUUGUGUUUGUCUCAUUUUGGCAAGCUGUAUUCAUAGCCAUCUUGGUAAAGGCCGGUGUCAUUUCCAAUACCUGGGAAUGGAAAAGAGUUCAAGAUGUGGCCACUGGUCUGCAGGACUUCAUUAUUUGUGUUGAAAUGUUCCUGGCUGCUGUUGCUCACCAUUAUAGCUUCACAUAUAAGCCAUACGUUCAGGAGGCUGAAGAGGGCUCAUGUUUCGAUUCAUUUCUUGCCAUGUGGGAUAUAUCUGAUAUUCGAGCCGACAUAUCGGAGCAAGUACGAAACGUUGGAAGGACUGUAUUGGGCAGACCCAGGAAAAUGUUUUUUAAUGACGACCCAGAACAAAAUGAACAUACAAGCUUGCUGUCUUCAUCAACUCAGGAUCCCAUAUCUGCAGCUUCCUCUAUACCACCAUCUCCAUCAGGGCACUACCAAGGGUUUGGUCAGACAAUAACCCCCCAAACUACACCCACCGCUGCAACUAUUCCUGAGGAACUCUACAGUGCUGACUCCCCUGAAGCAGAUUUACAAGUAGCAGACCACAGUAAGGUAUCGGAUGACAGUUGCAACCAUUUGGAUUCCUAACCCUUUUACAGUGCCUAACCAACAUGUUCUGUGUUGUGUAUUUUUAUACUUUUAAUGGCCUAGUGUAAGUGACAACUCGCUUUCCCUGCACAGAAUGAAUUGUCAAAUGUUGUCUGCGGCUGCCUGUGGGGACAGUGUUUCUGUCUGAAUACCAGGUUUUGUUAUUUUAUGAGGAUGAAAAGUAAUUCUAGCAAAGUUUUACUUUUUACCUUCUUGUUUUAAGGUUUGUAUUACAUUGAUGAAGAUGAUGAUCUUAGACAGAAACAAUAGUUUAGGAUGGUUUCUUUCACUUUUCCUUAAAGCACACUUUCAAAUAUAUCAUGUGGGUUCAGGAAUAGCUAGGGCAGACAACGAAAAGAAUGUAUCUGGAUUGAUCUGUGCUGCCCAGUGGUAAAACUGUCAGGUAUUCUUCAUGGCCCACCACUGAGUUUUCAAUAUUAUACAAAUAUAAAACCAGUGGGGUUAUGACCACAAAAAUGUUCUCCAUCUGUAGGUGGGUAUAUACCCCUUUAUAAAUCCCACCACCUUUACUGAGUUUUUGUUUUCUUAAAGCUUCAGACACCUUUCUCACUACAGACGUUAGAACAUUUGCAUUUGGGGGAAAAAGGCAGAUCUAGUCAUCUCCUAACUGUUGCGUUGCUUGACAAUACAUGUUAUGUUGUAAAGAACGAAAGCAAAAUAAUCUAAUAACAUAGAGACGAAUCUAAAGUAACAGUAUAACAAGAACGGUACAAUGCAUUCAUCUGCAAGGAACGCCAUUUGUUUUGGCAGCAUUCCUCUAUAGGCACAGAAUCUGAAGAACGGAACUGAUGCAGGAGCACAAGAGUCCAUCCUCUGAGUCCCUGAUCACUAUAUGGAGGUCUAACACUAACUUUAGGUCACGAGUAUGUUGUGAAAAGUUGAGAGAAAUUAAUUUGCAUAAAGUAUUAAACGCUUCAUCGCUGAUUCUACAAA